AGAGUGAAAUAUGGCUAAUGGCAAUAAUAUUUUAAUUUUAUGCUUCUUAAUAGGUUUAGGGUCAUGCUCUGCAAGAAGAUCAGUUCUCACCUACUCUGAAUCCAAGGCUGAAGUCGCUGCCUAUGGCGAGAAAAGUAGUUUGAGUGUUGGUGUUGGUGUUGGUGCUGAUGUUGAUGUUGGUAUUGGUCUUGGUGGUGGUGGUGGCGGAGGAGAAGGAGGUGGUGCUGGUUACGGUGGAGCUGGUGGGCAUGGUGGAGGAGGAGGUGGUGGACAUGGUGGUGGUGCUGGUGGAGGUGGAGGUGGUAGUCCUGGAGGAGGAUCUGGUUACGGAGGUGGAAGCGGUGAAGGAGGUGGAGCUGGAUACGGGGGAGGAGAAGCUGGUGGACACGGUGGAGGUGGAGGAAGUGGAGGAGGCGGUGGUGGAGGAGCUGGUGGUGCACAUGGAGGUGGAUACGGUGGAGGAGAAGGCGGUGGUGCUGGAGGAGGAUAUGGAGGUGGAGGUGCAGGUGGAAAUGGAGGUGGUGGUGGUGGUGGAAAAGGAGGCGGUGGAGGAGGAGGUUCUGGCGCCGGUGGAGCUCAUGGUGGUGGUUACGGUGCCGGAGGUGGAGCUGGAGAGGGAUACGGUGGUGGCAGUGGAGCUGGGGGACAUGGUGGUGGAGGAGGAGGUGGUGGUGGUUCAGGAGGUGGGGGAGGUUAUGCUGCAGCUGGAUCUGGACAUGGUGGCGGUGCUGGAAGCGGAGAAGGCGGUGGUGGCUAUUGACCACUGAGUGAAGUGUCAAAUAAAAGAUAUGGUUAUAACUCGUAUAAGAGAUUAUAUAUAUGGUAACAAAUACACUAAUCAGCUGUAAAAUAAGCCGUAAAAGGGCUAUUGUUGUAGUUUUUUAUUGUACCAAUGUUGUAUACUGCUUCGUGUGUAUCAAGUUUGAAGAUGUAUAUUCUGUGUUAGUUCGUGAAGUAUUACAAGAGGUAAUACAUGCGUGUAUUAUGAAGUUGGACUAAGUUAGAGUUUGUGUUUUGUGAUGUCUGGGGGCUUGUUAAGCUUGGAAAAGAGAUAAUAUAUUUACUGGAAUAUUUUGUAAAUGAUAUUACUUGAAGAGGAAAAGAC